GGUGAUGGCGGUGGGUGAUGGGGUGGUGGUGGGGUGACGGAAGGGUGAGCGCCCGGCGGGCGGGCGAUGCCUCAUUCCUCCUGUCAGUCGAGCCCCCUAGCUCCACCGCGUUGUAACGUCCAACGUCAGUCCACACAACGAUUCACCGAUGUGUUAAGACGCCCAACGCCUCGCCUCGUCCGUGAUGUGGUGGCUGGAGUGGCGUGAGUGUGCCGGCGCGUGGCCCUGGUCCCUGCCCAUGUAGCAGACCCUGAUAUGCCGGGUCUUGUGGUGUUCAGACGCCGGUGGAGCGUCGGGAGCGACGAUCUCGUUGUUCCAGGAGUCUUCCUGUUCGUAGUUCACCUUAUCUGGUUGGUGGUGAUAACGGUAGUGCUGGUGCUGGCAGACUUUGACCGAAGUAUCCGCUGUGUCUGGUUACUAUGGCAGUACUGUCUCGGUUACGCAGGAAUCCUCGUAUGCUCGGCUUUCUUAGAUCUCAUGAUCUCUAUGGUGGCCAUGCGAGGCGGCAUCUUGGAUGUAGAUGCUCGGGCUCCUAUGAGAUAUCUCAUCUAUAUCAGGCUGUCCGUGAUGGUAGUUGAGAUGGUUUGGCUGACUCUGGCUGUGGUAUGGCUAUCUGCCCAUUACCAAACGUGCCCAGUAGAUGGAGCCAAGGACGCUAUACUCGGCAUGGUGAUUUGCAACUGGCUAGUAGUGUUGAGCAUCAUGCUGACAGUUUGGUGCGUUUUCGACGCGGCCGGUCGAUCAUGGGUGAAAAUGAAGAAAUAUCAGCGGUCAAUGAGAGAGUCUGAGUCUAGGUUUCAAUACAAAAGGUCUGGAAACCGAACGAGAAAUUGGAGGCAAAGAAAAGUCUUGAGAGCGUAUCAAGACAGUUGGGACCAUCGCUGUCGUCUGCUUUUCUGCUGCAUUCGGAACACUGAUCGUAAUAAGAACUCAUUUGCUGACAUUGCAAGACUUUUGUCAGAUUUUUUUAGGGAUUUGGAUGUCGUUCCGUCUGAUGUGGUUGCUGGAUUAGUUCUCCUUCGGAAGUUCCAGAAAAUAGAGCAGGAGGAUGUUGUUAAUCAGCGCAAGAACGACACAUACGAGUAUUUGUCAGGUGUGCCUGUAACUUCCAACACCAAAUUUCUGCCUCUGGGAGAUGCUCAGUAUUACCAACAUUUUCAAGCAGUGAUUCACUACAUGCAUUACGCCUUAGCCGCAUAUGGAUGGCCAAUGUUCCUCAUGACCCACUCCACUACCGGACUCUGCCAGCUUUGUACCAAACUCAGUUGUAGCUGCUUUCCCUGUUGCUGCCCAAAGUCAAAAAUAGACCCCGAAACAACUUUAAUCGAAGACAACUGCUGCCACUGUAACUACGCAGCACUACGCAGCAUGGUUAACGCUGGGGAUGUCUCGAUUGUUUAUGCAACUUACCAUGUAGAUGUCAAUGAGACGCCGUUCUUUGUAGCCAUUGACUACACUCGCCGCAAAGUGGUCGUCAGCAUUAGAGGAACUCUUUCCAUGAAGGAUGUAAUCACAGAUCUGAACGCAGAAAGUGAAACUCUUCCGUUAACUCCACCUCGAGAAGAUUGGCUUGGUCAUAAAGGGAUGGUACACGCGGCAGUGUAUAUCAGGGACAAGUUAAUUACAGAAUCAAUUUUGACCCAAGCACUGGCCACAGGCCAUAAAAAGCUAGGUGAGGCCUUAGGCUUGGUGCUAGUGGGGCACAGUCUUGGCGCAGGCACCGCAGCCAUACUAGCCAUCCUACUGCGCCAGACGCAUCCAGACCUGCAGUGCUUCGCUUACUCACCUCCUGGCGGCCUUCUAAGCAUGCCUGCUGUACAAUAUACCAAAAGUUUCAUAACGUCGGUGGUGCUGGGCAAAGAUGUAGUUCCUCGAAUUGGAUUGCAUCAAAUGGAAUCUCUAAGAGCAGACCUCAUCAAUGCCAUCAAACGCAGCAAAGAUCCUAAAUGGAAGACAAUCAGCUGCAGUGUGAUGUGUUGUGGCACGACGUUCAUGCCGACAUCAGCUGUCGAACUGAAGGCUGAUAGUAUCACAAUGGAGGAAUACAGAGCUGAGAAGAACUCAGCCCGUGCGAUGCCGAUACACCCCUCCGACUCCUCCAUAGCUCUGACCCUCCAUCAACCCCUCUACCCUCCAGGGAGUAUCAUCCAUGUCGUCAGACAUCACCCGACCAAGACUGAACAGCGUUAUGAGAAAAAAUGGAGACAAGUACUAAAGAAGCACGACCCCGUCUAUCAGGCACUGUGGGCCAACAACACGGACUUUGAUGAGGUUCUCAUCUCCCCGGUGAUGAUCCAAGAUCACAUGCCAGAUAAAGUUCUGGAUGCGUUGUACAAGGUUAUAACUAGCCUCGGUCCUGCCAAACCCCAACGGAGCCUCAACAACAACAACAACACAAGUGUCGCGGCUGCGGUGGACGCAGACCAUUGUCAGUUGCUGGCUGGCUCCAACGGACACACAGGCUCUCCGCCACACAAACUGUGCCUAGAGACUAGCUUCACAUCCAUCCAACCCCGCACAGCCCCGUCCGAUUCUCGUCAUCUACCGUGGGAGUUCGCCAGUCUUGUGGGAAGCUCCCCAGCUCCCCCCCUGGACCUCAUACAUGACGACUGGUUUGGCCUAGCUCCAUUGGCCACUCCAGAGUCACUGUCCGAGGUGAGCAGCAUUAGCUCACGCACGUCAACCGUCAAGAAGAAACAAUCAUCUGUUACAUUUGUGGACGCUCCAGUUAAACAUCAUUUCACCAGGGAGGACUACAAACACAGCGAUAAUACUACAAGCAAAAGUUGGAAAAGUAAUUUGAAGCAAAACUUUUUUAGCGCCGAAAAUUUUAUUUGUGUAAAGUCAAAAACUCAGAGUGAUAGUUCUCCUGAAAACGGCUCCUUAAUCAAUACAAGUAACGAUAAGUUCUACAGUGCAGAGAGUGUUACGGACGAUAAAAUAGGAGAUAAAAUUAAUGCCAAAGAUGUGGAACAUUUGGAUGAAGAAAGUACCUCCGAAUCUAGUCCCUUGUUGAGUAGUUUGCAUUUACUUACUGAUGAAAAGUUUCAAAAUUUAUUCAAAGGCAAUUUGACAAGAGAAACGGAUGAUAGCAUUUCAUCUGGAAGUUUUAAAUCUGUUUCUAGUGAAAUGAGGGACCUCAGUACAUCGAUGGACUCUGUGACAGUAAACGCUGAAGUCCACAGAACCGAGGAUAAAACUCUAUGGACUGAAAACAGUGAUUUAUUAGAAGAUAUUGAAAGAAGUUUGAAUUUACGUUCAAGUGAUUCUCCCUGUGGUCUCGGAACGAUGAGUCCCGGAAACAUAUCUGUGGAUAUCGAACCCUCACCUAAUAACAGUGAAAAAUCAGAUGUGAAAUCUCUUAGUGGGGGAGUGAGAAACAAAUAUGUGUAUCCAAUUUUAUCAAUCGCUAGAGGAGAAAGCAGUGUUUAGUUAUAAGGCUUCAAGAAACUCCGUAUUAUAGUGUUCAAAAUGGUUUCCAACUCAAUCUACACGAGGUCUGAUCUCAUUAUGUUCCUAAACAGUGGUGAUGUAUAUUUUUUUGUAAGAUUUAUAUUAUUGUACCGAUAUACCGAUAUUCUAAUGAUAUUUUGUUAACUAAUAAGUACUUAUUUGUAUAUAUGUUAUUUAUAUGUACUUUAUUUAUAUAUUUGUUUUGUUUUUAAAAUUAGGCCUACCAUAUUAUUUAUUAUUACCCUCAAAUAUUUAACAAAAAGACAAUUAUGUUCAUAUUUUGUUGUGGUGUUUCCGGACCAAUUGAUUGACAAAUAAAUAAAAGGUUGAAAUACCUGCUUGCCGCCUUGUGGUCCAAAGUAGUAGGACCACAAGGCGACAAGCAGGUAUUUUAACCUUUUAUUUAUUUGACAAUUAUGUUGUUUGAAUUUGCAAUCCCUUUUUUGACAAUAUACUUUGAAUGAAUAUUUUGAUACAGAAUGUAUUCAUUGAUAAAAUAUCAGACUUUUAAGUAGUUUUAGAAAAUUAAAUAUGUAUUUUGACAAUCAUAAAUGGUUAUAGGAACAAAAUUUAAUACUUGGCAUGAUGCUUAACUAGAUUCUUUAAUGAAUUCCUAAUAUUGUAUAUGACUGUGUUUUGAGGUACCACAGCUUGUUAUAAACUUCUUUUUUAAGGUAGUAUACUGCUCAAAAUUCAUAACCAUUGACAGAGAAGGGAUUAAUUUUUAUAACUUAUGGAUCAAGAUUAUAUCAAAAAUAUGAAAAGCUUACAACCACAAGCAGACCAUAUUAAGUUUUUCCAUAACCAAGCUCAUUCAUGAGCUAUUUUGGUUUAAUAUUAAAUUAUCGAUGAACCAAAUGUAUUUAAAAACUAAAAAAAGUUAACUAAACAUUCAAACAUUUUUCUUCAUCCUAUUUUAUAAACCAUUGAGAAAAUAGUUAAGUCUUCACCUUAUGUCUCUGAAAUUUUUAUUAAAUCAUAGAUCAAGAAAUGUAUUACCUAGUUAUGCCUGAUUAACUUAAGUUUGUUCAAUGAAAAUAGUUAUUAACAUGGGGAACAAACAAGUACAGUAGUAAAUCUUUCUACAGCUUUUUCCCAAAACAUCAUGCUCUUGUGUUGGUUCCAAUAGUUUGUUAUAUCUCUUAUACUGUAAACCAGUAAUCUAUUAGCAUAAACCGCUGACUCACAACCAUUAAACGAGAUUAACUUGUUUGGUCCAAUAAGCACAACCUCCUUCCAUUCCAACCAUUCAUUGUCAUGUACUUGUGAACUGUUCUUUGGUAUAAAGAAAGAGCUGGUUUUAUACAUUUUAUUAGAUUGUUGCAUCCAGAUUGGAGCAAGCCAGCACUUGUCAGAGCGCUCAGCCGUUUCUGGACCUUUCAGUAGCUUACUUCUUGAAUACACGCCAAUUUUAUAAAAUAUGGUACAAAAUAUGCUAGGUUUCACCAAAACAUAAUCCGAUGGGUGAAAUAUCAUUAUCAAUUAAACAGUCUGUACUUCUUUAAAAAAAAUCAUUCACAGGGAAGUAGCAAUACCAAUAAGCUAGUUCAUAUUUAGUUAGUUUGUUGUGAUUAGCUUACAAGGUCUUUACAACUUUCUGUUUCUAAAAUCAAACUUAAAAUUGAACUGUAAAUGGAAUGAUUAAUGUUUUCCAUGCAACUAGGUACUUUAUUGACGGUAGAUUCCCUAAACGUCCAAAAUGGUUAAGGGGACUUCAUCAAAAGUUUAGUACAUUGUUGAUGUCAUUUGUUUGUGUUUUGUUGCUCAAAAUAAUUUUUAAGUUUUUUAGAUAAUGUAUGAUAUCGAAUUUUACACAAACGUAAUAAGCUACGGAAGUAAAGAAUACUUAUUUGUACUGAAGUUUGUAAGGUAAUUCUUGUGGGAGUUUAUCAGCAUCGGCAGUCCUAGCUUGUGCAUUGUAACUAGGGAUGAGUAAUUGAUAGCCGAUGUUUUCAAAACAUCAAUGUUUUUAUAUCGAUGUUAUGUUUUUCAUUUCAUUCGGAAGAAUGACACUGACCACUUGAUCAAUGAUCAAAUCCAAUAGAUGUUAGGACUACAGUACAUCAAAAUACUCAGGCUCAUUAAAACAUGACAUAGUGCUUUGUCUAAUAUUGGCCUGACUUCAACUUUGGUAUUCACGAUACAUCCCUAUUUCGACUUCCUUUACCACAUAAUCAGAACGGUGCUGUGUUUUUUCAAUUAAAAAAUAGUUUCUUAAAUGUAAAAAUAAAAUAACGAUGUUAAUUUUGUGUUCUGUGAUAUGGAUAAAAAUAUAGAUUGGUAAUUUAUUUUUUUCGUGUUUUAAAAUUAGUUGAAACAGAUUAAAGCUAGUAAUCUGUCAAUAUAUUUGUAAUUGAAUUAUUUUAUUAGUUUGAAAUGUUAGGGGUAGGAUAUGGUACUACAAAUCUGAUUUCUCAAAGGCUUACUUAUUGUCAUCAACUAUGAACAAUGAAUGUAUAUGUUCUAUUCUGCAAGUGCAGGAAAAUGUGUUUAGUAUUUCUGAUAUUACUAGGAAUUCUUAUAGAAAUUAUUACUUGAGUAAACAUUUUCAACUCUUUUAGUACAUUUUUUAUUUUAUUUAUUUUUUAUUAUUUGUUGGAAAACAUUGUGGAUACUGUAACUAAUGUAAUGUAAGAAUGUUUCAAAGUUGAUAAAUGUCAAUUUAAUACAACUGAAAACUAACACCAUAUAGAAGAACGAAAUAACGUUUUUUCUAGCCAAAUUCUAACAUAUUUUUUACGAGUGUGUCGAAUAAUACUGUGUUACUGUAUAUUUUUUAUGUGACCGUCAUAUUGGUCAACGAAUUUUUUUUUACCGAAAAUUAUGAAAACUAGACUGAUAUUAUUAUUGUACUUAUUCUAAGAUCCUGUUGCUUUUAAGGAUUUCGUAAGCUAUUUACAGAACUUUUAGGAUUAUUUUUAGUACUCAAAUGAAGCAAUAGAGAAAGAUUAUUGACUUUUAGUAGUUAUUUGAGGAUGUUACCACUACAGCAUUGUUAGAGCAGCAGUUCCCAACCAAACUCCUUGAAGCCCAAUGUUUAUAAACGUGUCGCCUACCUUAACAUUUUUUUUCUGAUUUUUUUGUAGGAAUGGUGUUCUGGGUCAUUUUCCCUGCCUGGAUAAGGUUUCAAAAAUUAAAUUCCAAACAAAUACUGAUACUGUGCUUUGUUUUAGUGAUUUUUGAUCAAUUGUUUUGACUGCUAAUAUUGUUUCAAAAAUAUUUUAACAAUUAAUAAACAUUUGAAUUUCGUACCGUAGUGAAAAACUGACCAAUUCUGUAGUAGGCCUAUAAUUUUAGUUUAUAUUAACUACUGAUGAAUUCUUGCUUAAUAUAGAUAUUACCUAAGAAAAAUAACAUAAAAUCACAAAUAAAAUUAAAUCAUUGAAAAUAAAACGCUUUAUAUUUUCAUCUAUUUUUGCACGAAUCACAAACUUUUACACCACUACUGCUUGCAUUAUACUUGCUUGUUAACAGAUGUGUUGAUUACCCCAGAACAACAAGCAGGUUGGGAACAGCUGGCCUAGAGCAUAAAACUACCCAGAUAUUCUUGUUACUUAAAUUUUAACAUAAUAUAAAAAUGUAUUAAUUAUAUAUAAAUAUAUACAUAAACUGAG